AUGACCAAAGCAGCUCGGCCCAAGGCCGCCUCAACCUCAAAGAAGGCUUCAGCAAUGGAAAACGAUUCUCUGUAUACUGCUCUGAGUGUUGAAUCGACCGCUACUCAGGCAAGUUUUGAUCAAAUCAAACAAUCAUAUCGCAAACUAGCAUUACAGUUUCACCCAGACAAGGUGCAAACCAAAACCGACCAAGAACGAGAAGAAGUCACUAUAAAAUUCCAGAAAAUCGUAGCUGCUUAUGCUAUAUUGUCGGAUCAAGUCAAGCGUAAACGAUAUGAUGACACAGGUGAAGCUGAUGAUGGUUCUGUACACUUCCCUGAUGGAGGAGACUUUGAUGCUUGGGAUGCAUUCUAUAAAGAGUUGUGGGCUGGUAUGGUCACCAAGGAAAGGAUUGAGGAGUUUGCACAGCAAUACAAGGAAUCCGACGAAGAAAAACAAGACAUACUAAAAGCAUACACGGAAUCAGAAGGAUCCAUGGACUUUAUUCUCGAAAACGUCAUGCUCGCCAACGCCAUUGAUGACGAAGACCGCUUCAGAAACAUUAUCGAACAAGCAAUCAAAUCCAAACAAGUAGAACGCUACAAGGCUUUUAAGCUCGACCCAAAAGCUGCAGUAAAUCGUAAAAAGGAAGCUGCAAAAGAAGCAAAGGCUGCUGAAAGGCUUCGCAAGGAACUCGAUCUCAAGAAUAAUUCUGAUGGCGAUUUACAGAAAAUGCUGACUGCUCGGAAUGCCAAUCGAAUGAAUGAUUUGGUUGCUAGAUUAGAACAGAAAUAUGGUGGUAAUGCUGGUAGCAGCGGUAGUAAUAGUAAAAAAGCAAACAACAAGGGCGCGUCCAAGUCGAGCAAUAAUAGCCGAGGUGGAUUGGUUGGACAUACCAGUGAUGCCAAACCAUCCACUCGAGCAAAGGGCAAGGAAGAAAAGGCUGACGAUGAAGAGGAUUUGGGAGACGAAGAUUCUGAAGUGGAUGAGGAGGAGGAAGAUUGGGAAGAUGAAGAGAUGGAAGAGGGUAAUGAGGCUAGCGGACAAGCUGAUGGUGGUGAUGAGGGCGGCGAUGAAGGAACUGAGGGUGAAGAUGAAGAAGAGCCAUCGGGUGACGUAGAAGAGGAGGAAGAAACCAAUGAGGAAGAAGAAGAUGAAGAAUCAGCUGCGCUUUCCAAGAAACGUAAAGCUGCAUCCGAAGAAGAAGAGGAAGCUGAUGAAUUAGCAGAUGACGAUGAUAACUUUAUUGAAGAAGAUGAAAACGAGGCCACUACUACGGCAACAACGGAAGCAGCAGCAACCAACAAAUCACCAACAACAACAACGAACAGAGCUGAACCUUCCGAAGCAGAAUUCUUGGCAAUAAGACAAAAGUUGGAAGCUGCAAGAAAAGGCAAAGUCGCAGCUGAACCACCAAACAAGAAAACACGUACUGGUAAAUCAUAA